CUUAAUCCAAUCCGAACUCACAUUCCCUCUCCUCAUCAGAUUCUACCUCCUUCCUCCUCCCUCCCUACUCUCUCUCCAACUGACUGUCGUACCUCCAAACCCGCUCAAUCCCCCUAUAUAUACACCCCCCAACACACGCCUUCCUCACCGCUCGAUCGCAUUCAAUCAUUCAAUCAGUCAAUCACUUUUCUCUCGUCUUUGGGUUUUGGGUUUUUCUGGGUUCGUGAAAAGAAUCGCAAAGAAUGGAGCUUGAUCUUUCACCCAAGUUGGCCAAGAAGGUGUACGGCGGCGAUGGUGGCUCCUACUUUGCCUGGUCACCGUCGGAGCUUCCCAUGCUCCGUGAAGGUAACAUCGGCGCCGCCAAGCUCGCUCUGGAAAAGGACGGGUUCGCUCUUCCCAAGUACUCUGAUUCCAAUCAGGUCGCUUAUGUCCUCCAAGGCACUGGUGCAGUUGGAAUUGUCCUGCCUGAGAAGGAAGAGAAGGUUCUUCCAGUUAAGAAGGGUGAUGCCAUUGCCCUCCCUUUCGGAGUUGUCACUUGGUGGUACAACAAGGAGGACACUGAGUUCGUUGUUCUUUUCUUGGGCGACACUUCAAAAGCUCACAAGACGGGUGAGUUUACCGACUUCUAUCUCAAUGGCUCCAACGCCAUUUUCACUGGCUUCUCAACUGAGUUUGUUGGUCGGGCAUGGGAUUUGGAGGAGAGUGUUGUGAAGACUCUUGUUGGCAAGCAAUCCGGCAAGGGCAUUGUCAAGUUGAGCGGAGUUACCUUGCCCGAGCCAAAGAAGGAACACCGUGAUGGUAUGACAUUGAACUGCGAAGAGGCUCCCCUGGAUGUUGACAUUAAGGGUGGUGGAAGAGUUGUGGUCUUGAAUACCAAAAACCUUCCUUUGGUCGGUGAGGUUGGGCUUGGUGCUGACCUUGUGAGGUUGGACGGAAGUGCCAUGUGCUCCCCUGGAUUUUCUUGCGACUCGGCUCUCCAGGUGACUUAUAUCAUUAGGGGCAGUGGCCGUGUCCAGGUUGUUGGUGUUGACGGUAAGAGGGUGCUGGAAACUACUAUUAAAGCCGGUAAUCUCUUCAUCGUUCCUAGGUUCUUUGUUGUGUCAAAGAUUGCUGAUCCAGAGGGCUUGGAAUGGUUUUCUAUCAUCACUACUCCCAACCCGAUAUUCACCCACUUGGCUGGAAGCAUUGGGUGCUGGAAGGCUCUAUCUCCUCAGGUGCUCCAGGCUGCGUUCAACGUGGAUUCGGAAACAGAGAAACUUUUCCGUUCGAAGAGGACUUCUGAUGCAAUCUUCUUCCCUCCACCCAAGUGAAAACUGAUUGAGCUCAGGCCUAGUUCCCUGGUCCAGAGUCUUCAGACUCCAAAUAAAAUUGCUUUUUGCUCGUAGGAUUUCUGCCUUUUAAUUUUACAAUCUUCUUUUCUAGUUGUAUAGUUUAGGAGCUGCCAUAUUUGGUAUAAAAAUUUCUUGCUCUAAUUAAUUCAGAUGGUUUUGCAUGUUGGAUGUCGUUGAUGUUGAUAUUAUCGUGGAUUGACAAACAAUGAUCUUGAUAUUA